AUGAGGUCCACAAGCAGCGAGAAUUCCAUUUACAUCCCCGAAGAAAUCUUGAUCCACAUCCUACUAAGACUACCGGUAAAAUCCCUUGCUCGGUUUAUGUGUGUCUGCAAGUCAUGGAGUGAUUUGAUUGGAAGCUCGAGUUUUAUUGGCAGACAUGUUAAUAGUUAUGUCAAAAACCUUAACCACACUUUUCUAGUUGGCCUCCAGUGCAAUGAAGGCAAACCCAAAAUUCGCCAUUCCAUUUUCUUUAAUGAAACAUUUAAGGCAAGAUGCUUGGACAUGGGAGGUUUACAGCUACAUGGUUCAAGUAAUGGUUUACUUUGUCUGUCAUCUAACAGUCCGGAUUUGACUAGUCCUGUAAGCAUAUGUAACCCAUCAAUAAUGAAAUAUGUCGGCCUUCCAGACACCAACCUUUCUUGCCCUCCCAAUUCCGAAUAUCACUGUGUUCUUGGAUUCGGGUUCAACCCCGGGCUCAACGACUAUAAAGUAGUAAGGUUGGUGACGAUUUAUCGGCAGCACUACAUUGAAGUGGAGGUUUACAGUUUAAGUACACACUCUUGGAAGAUCAUUGGUGUACUUCCUCCUUGGAUAAUUUCCAUGGAUUGGAGUUUUGGACAUGCAGUUUCUAAUGGGGUAGCAUACUGGAUUAUGCGAGCGGAAAAGGAUUGUAGCCUUCAUCUUGUGUCGUUUGAUACCGGCAGUGAGGUAUUUGAAAAAGUGUUACUGCCAGAGGCUAUUUGGGAGAGCAUUAUAUGCUAUGUUGAUAGUUUCAAUGACAUUCAGCCUUACAAGGAGUCAGUUUGCUUAUUGAAAAGUGAGGCAGAAAAACCGCAUCGACAUAUGGGUUCUCCAGGAGAAGUGUUUAAACAAGCUGCACACUGUUUGGUUUCCUGGAAGGUUUCCUGUACCGUUGGGCUUUAA